AGAAGUGGUAUUUUAGAGUAGGCUCCAUAACGCCCACACCAGCACUGACUCAACUCGAGAAUCGCUGUUUUCGACGAUCUAAUACAUAAUAAUUGAAUUAAAAAUCGUCGGAAAUUCCCCAGCUGUGAUAGCAACAAGUAUACCCAUCAAAAAAAGUGAAUCAAGAAGCAAUAUUACCCCUUACACACUUUAACUGGUGCAGACAGGCACGCACCAACACAGGCGCACACAAAGUCGAAGGGGCGACAACAAAAACAAAAAAGAGUUGAAAAGCCCCAAAGCCAAGACUUUUCUUGUAACAUUGAAAAGCGUUCAGACCAGAAAAAUGCCAACCAAAGAGCGCAACAUAGCCAUGAUGGGCUACCGAUCUGUGGGAAAAUCAUCGCUUUGCAUACAGUUCGUAGAGGGCCAGUUCGUGGACUCCUAUGACCCCACCAUCGAGAAUACUUUCACUAAGAUCGAGCGUGUUAAGUCACAGGACUACAUCGUAAAACUCAUCGACACGGCCGGCCAGGACGAGUACAGUAUAUUCCCAGUGCAAUACAGCAUGGACUACCACGGCUACGUCCUGGUGUACUCCAUAACCAGCCAAAAGUCGUUCGAGGUGGUUAAGAUCAUCUACGAGAAGCUUCUGGAUGUGAUGGGCAAAAAAUAUGUACCUGUGGUGUUGGUUGGCAACAAAACCGAUUUGCACCAGGAGCGCACCGUUUCCACGGAGGAGGGCAAAAAGCUGGCCGAAUCCUGGCGAGCAGCAUUUCUCGAAACGUCCGCCAAACAAAACGAGUCUGUGGGAGAUAUAUUCCAUCAACUGCUGAUCCUGAUCGAGAACGAGAAUGGCAAUCCUCAAGAGAAGAGCAGUUGUCUUGUGUCGUAGGGCGCUAGGCAAGCUGAAACUGCGGCCGAACUGCUGGAAACACGGCAAAUCGCUAUGGCAAUACGAAAAUCGAUUAUCUCUUAUCUACACAGUUGGGCCAGCGUGCACUGGCGGGGGCGGGCAGUGCCCCUUGUGCGCAGCAGGAAAAUCUAAAAACCUAAUAGACCUAAUAGCUUUAAGUCCACAACAGCAAGUAACCACCAUCAAGCGGCUUGGAUGCGUCCGCUAACGCUGCCCUGCAGGAUUCGUGGUUCGCGUUUAGCGCAACACAACAGGUUUAAGUUAGUACACUUUUUUCACAACAACAAUUCAGUUACAAAGUUCAUAUACAAUUCUACCAAUAUUUUGUUUUUAGUUUCAAUUUAAAUAUAAUUUUUCCAAGUACUAUA